AUGAGUAAUCCGAGGGGCAGAGAAAGAGCAACGAACAAUGUGAUGUCUUCUCUUUUUGGCAACGAGUGCUCGGAAUGGCCUUUUUCCGACGCGUCCUUGACACAGGCCUUAGAGUUCAAAACACAACAGGAGAAGACAAAACAGCAGUUCUACAAGCUCGAAUGCGUCAAUCGGUCAAUAGAAUUACUAAAAACAGCUAUGGCCGCUAAUGUCCCAGGACAUAUGGUCACGCAGCUUUUUCAGGGCGUAUCGCAAGGGACCGAUACGGGGCGUGGACCGUCAGAAAGAGCCGAGGAGAAGCUGCCGAAGGUUACCAUAUCGCCUAGGUCUGGUGAGUCUGCGCCACUCAACUACAAAUUUCCACCAAGCAGCAGCUCCGUGAGCAUGCAUCGCAGAACGAACUCGCCGGCGAGGAUUGGUGCAGCUGCAGUGGCCUCCCUGGCCGAAAAUAACCAAUUGAAGGAAGAAGAUACCAAUGAGCUCCCCAAACCUCUUCCUCAGCAACGCUCUCCAUUGCAGUUUCGCACUCACAGAAGAAAUUUAUCGCUUCCUGUAGCAAGACCUGCUAGUCUCCUUCAACCAGACAUGUCCGCGUCAUACGGCACUAGAAAACCCCAAGAACCAAUGACUUCGGUGAUCAGCUUUGGAUCGUGGCAAAGUUACGAUCCUACCUCGCAUUCGGUCAUGAGGAGAAACGGCUCUGUAAGAAAGCAUCGGAAAACAAAAUCCGCAAGCACAACACCUAACUUUGGGGUUAUAGAUCUAAACAUGGCGAACCAGGUUCGGCUCCCGUCAAUCUCUAAAGAGCCUCCUCUGCUUUCGCACAACGGCAAUAGCCUGAACGAGGAAGAAAACGAGUUCGACGACCAGAAGACUUGCAGUGAGCAGAGUAGCAGAGAAACUACUCCGCUACCACAAGUUACGAAAGGCCCAAAUUUCGCAAAUAAUUUACUGAAUAGUUGA